AUGAAAGACUGUGUUCUCCUCUAUAAGAAAGAAGGCGAGGCCAGGGAAGAUUUUGAUAGGACUGACUCGGUGAUGGUGUUAAUGACUGACUACCAGAAGCAGUUAUUACAGAGAUUUGGACAAAAUAUUGUAUGUGUAGACUCCACACAUUGUACAAAUGUUUACAAACUGUUGGUGACCACAUUGUUAGUGGUAGACGAUUUUGGUUCAGGUAUGCCUGUAGCAUUCUGUGUAUCAAAUCGGGAGACUACUUCCAUAAUGACUCAUUUCUUUAGUGCUGUGAAAGAGAGAGCUGGCAUCAUAAAAACGUCUGUAUUCAUGUCCGACGACACUAAUACUUUCCGUAGUGCAUGGUCACGAGUCAUGGGACCUGCAGAAAAUAAUCUACUGUGUGCUUGGCACAUAGAGCGCAGCUGGCGGAAUAAUUUGAAGAAAGUACAUGGCAAUGAAGAAAAGAAAGCACUUGUGUACAAAGCUCUUCGUACAUUGCUUGAAGAAGCGGACAUAGACAAUUUUAAUGAGCUGCUGGAAUCGUUCGUCGGGCAGCUUCAAGCAGAUGAAGGUACAAGAGACUUUGGUGUAUAUUUCUCGUCAAAUUACUUAUUCCGGCCUCAGCAGUGGGCAUACUGUCACCGUCGCAAUCUGGGUAUAAAUACAAAUAUGUACCUUGAAGCAAUGCGUAGAGUUUUAAAAUAUUGUUAUUUAGAGGGAAAAACAAACAAUAGACUUGACAGACUACUUGUUGUGUUGAUGAAAUUGGUGCGUGACAAACUGUGUGCUCGAAUGGUUAAAUUGUAUAAGGGUGGCCAUUCAUAUAGAAUAAAUCUUAUUGAGGCUCGUCAUAAAACUUCAUGUAGUAUUAAGGAGAAUGACAUUACAGUCAAUACUGAUGGUACAAAGUUUCAUGUGAAAUCCCAAACACAUUAUGGUGUAACACAUACUGUGAUUUUAAAUAACAUUGAAUGUAAAUUGGAGAGCAAGUUGAAGUGCUCCAAAUGUAAUAUAUGUUUACAUGCUUUCAGUUGUUCUUGUGCGGACAGUUUAAUUCAUUUGAACAUAUGCAAGCACAUUCAUGCAGUGUCAAUGACGUAUGCAUUACAUUCAAGUGCCACAUUUAUACCAAGUGAAGCAACGGUGACAGAAGAGGCUUCUGCCAUUUUGUGUUCACUGCAAACAAAUACUGAUGAUCACGAGAACACAUCUCUGGCCCAAGAACUAGUGUCCACAUAUCAAAUUUUGAUUAACCGUGUCGGUUCAGGUAAAGUGUCCACAGAAAUCCUGAAGUCACUACAGAAGGAUGCAGCUCAUUCGCUGUCACUUUUUCAAUCAGACUGCAGGGAAGCUUCACGACCCCCCAGCAACGAGAAGGUAAAAGUGCAACGAAGACAUGGUAAAUGUAACAAACAGCCAAAGGGCAGUUUGAAGAAACCUACUCUUGCUGAAAAAGAAAAUAUUGUUUCAGCACUGAGGCAGCCUGAAAGUGAAAUAUUAAAUGUUCACGUAGAUUCUGACCAUAAUUACUGUCGGUACUAA